AUGUAUAAAACUGACGAUGAAGAACGAACGAGCGGCGAGCCGGAUGCGAGAAAGAGGCACAAGGCGAAAGCAAUGCUAGGUAGCGAUCACACCACCAACUCUUAUUUCGCAGCCAUAAGGAGCUGUAUCAGACUAUUUGUGAUCCGCGAAAAAAGAAUCACAAAUUCUUUGCGAAUACGUGGUUCAUGGCAACAAAAAGAUUUCGGUCAAGUUAUCAAAGAUGUCGACGAAUUUACUCGUACCAUUACUUCUAAUGAUCCUUUACACCUUCAACAUAAGGACUCAACCACGCAUCCACCUCUUCAGCAAAAAGAACCAUAA